AUGGCGGCUAGUUAGUGUUCGAAAUCACUGUUUUGUUUUGUUUUUAAAUAAUAUACCUAAAUUCAUUUUGAAUGGAAGACGAAAAUUCAAAACGGAAAAGAAGGAGACGGAAGAAGAAAAAAUCAAAAUCACUCUUCGUAAAAACUUUAGGAUUUGAGUCUAAAAACAAGGAUAACAGUGUAUCUCUAUUGAAAAAGAACAAUGUGACAAAUUGUAUAAAACCAUUUAUUGCUGGGACUCGUGCGAGUUCCUCACGUCAAAAUAUUAAAGACUCGAACCCAAAAGGAAACACGAGUAAAAAAAGGAAAGUGAAGUCUAAAAAUGGUGUCUUUAUAAACGAUCUAGGGACGUCAAGUUUGAAUCAAGAGGCUGUUGAUGCAAAAUUGAAUACGUCUGUAGAAACAUUUCCAGAUAAAAUGAGUAAUACUCCAACCAAAAGAGUAAGCUUCAAAGAAAAACUACAGAAAAAACUAGAGUCUGGCAGAUUCAGAUGGAUAAAUGAAAAAUUAUAUACCACAAAUAGUUUAUCUGCAUUUAAAAUGUUUAAAUCAGAACCAGAAUUAUUUGAUGUGUAUCAUGAUGGAUUUUCAAGUCAGAUUCAGAAGUGGCCAGUUAAUCCAGUUGACACAAUGAUAGAUUGGAUAAAGGAAAGAUCACCUCAAUUAAUUAUUGCAGACAUGGGUUGUGGUGAAGCUAAAAUAUCACAAAGUGUUCCAAAUAAAGUGUUUUCCUUUGAUUUUGUUGCAGUUAAUAGUUUUGUAACUGAGUGUGACAUGGCUAAGGUUCCUUUGGCAGAUGGGAGUGUUGAUGUUGUUAUUUUCUGUUUAUCAUUAAUGGGGACUAACCUUAAUGAGUUUUUGAAAGAAGCUCACAGAAUUCUGAAAUCAAAUGGCAUUUUAAAGAUCGCUGAAGUUGUAAGCAGAUUUGAAAGCUUGGGCAGUUUUGAAACAACAGUUUCUUGUCUUGGAUUUAAACUCUUUACAAAGGAUACAACAAACAAGAUGUUUGUACAGUUUCAAUUCAAGAAAUUGUCCAAGAAACCUGAUAAAACAAAGACUGUGACAGUCUCCCUUAAACCAUGCUUGUACAAAAGACGGUAAUCGAGUCAUUUUCCAUUACUCUUCGCCAGUGCAAGCCUUUCAGAAUUUGUUCAGUCGUGUGCAGUCGUCGUGUGCUACUAGUGGCGGAAUUUCAAUUCAGUCCAGGAGUAAAUCUUCCCGAAUUUUCAGAAUUUGUUAGCCUUCUCAAAGCCAAGGUCGGACCAUGCAUUGAAAGCGCAUUUUGUUGUUUUUUGGCAUUGGAAGAAUAUUUUGUCACCAGUUUUCCUACAUGAAUACUUUUUCACAAAUACGAGAACGCGAAGGAAAUUUUAGCCUUAACUAAGGGAGCAUGGCAACAGAGCGGCAUUUAAUAUAACACUUGCAUGGUGCCUGUCAAGCGAGAAAAUGUUUACAAUUUGAAGCCUUUAGAUCCUCGAAAAUGGAGAAAUUUCCGCCACUGUGUGAAACGAGUUUGAAAAACGAAGCAAAAGCCCUUUUCACACUGUUUUAUUGUAUUUAAAGAUUGAGCAUAUUAUACAUACUCAACAUGUAAGGUUGAAAUACAUCAAUUUUUCUAAUAAAAAUAGUGUCAA